AUCCGAAGAUUUAUGCGAUCGAAGCAGGCUUCGAAUAGAACCGUUCAUGCCUCUGUUUUUUUGUCCCGUUCGCCUCGUCCCGCCCCGAGAGGUGACACCUCUCGGAACCAUAAAUAAACAUAAAUUCACCUGAUACCACCAUGCAAGACACACUCAAAAUGGCCAGCUACGCGGACAUGCAGGACUGGAUGGAUCGGGACCCCAAGCUGCCGCCAGUGAUCCUCAACGACAAACUGAUGACGGACGCCAUCAUUGGGACCGGCGGUCUGCCCAUCAAGACGGAACACUCGUACAGUUUGAAUUCGGACGGGGAUUCGAUAUCGGACACACUGCCCGACUCGCCACACAGUUUGCAGAACAAAAUGGAUGAUAUGGAUGAAGAGUGUUACCCUGCUAUCAGUAUGAACACAACACAGAGCAAACAGCACCUCAUUCACCGAAAUCAAUCGAAUCCAGCCCUAAUCUCCACAGCUGGUAGCACAGUCCUCACAGCUUUCAGCAGUCAAAAUGCUCCUGCCUUCAGAAGCAUCACCAGCGGAAGUUUAAGCCUGCUCAGCGCUCUGCACCAACAACAACAGCAGCAGCAGUCCAACAGCAGUCAGACCUCCCACCCGCAGCUAGUGCUAGGUCAUCCGAUCAGCUUAAACAACAACCACCUCACCCUCAACAACAACCUCACCAAGGAGAGCCUCCUUCUGAGCAGCAGCAAACGGAGCUGUUCGAACGACUCAUCCUCCUCCAGUUCGGGUAGCGUAGCAUCCGACAUCGAAAUCGAUGAGCUCACCGUCAAAGAGGAACCCAUGUCCCCAAGCUCGAGUUGUCCUCCCUCACCAGCCGGCGCUGGAGCGGGAGGGACAACGUUAAUCAACGGCUACACCAUCUCCACAGUGAACCUAGCCAACAUGGCGGCCUAUACACAGUCCGAUCUGGUACUAGAACACAAGAACGGAACCCUCCAGCUCACACCCGCCUCGCAAAGUCUCCUGAAGAGCCAGCAGAUCGUCAUCAAUGGUAACGCCAUCUGUACGACAGCCAGCACUCCGUCCACCCCCGCCACACCAGCCAAGAUCGUGAUGUCCAAGCUGAACAUCAAAAUGGAACCGCAGUCGUCCGCUUCGUCGUUCGGUUUACCUCCCACGCCUCCGUCGUCGCUACCGAGCGACGAAUCCGAGGGCAAUCAAAGUCCGGAGCAUCACACGUCGCCCAUGUCCCCGCCCACAGUGAUCUCACCGAGCAUGAGCAGCGCCAGCAGCAACAGCAGCAGUAGCAGUAGCAGUAGUAGCAGCAGCGGCAGUACACCCAGCAGUCGGAGGACGUCGGUGCACAAUAGUAACAGCAACAGCGUGGUGGCGUCCGGAGUUGUCUCCUCGGAUGGAUCUACGAUACUGAUUGCAUCGCCUUCGGCUCAACAGCAACAUCAGGCAAACCUGGCUAGGGCAGCCGCAGCCAAUCAGAGUGCUGCUACCACGAGGCAACCGAUCCACACGCCGCUGAUCAGCAGUCAACCGAAAGGAUCUACGGGCACGCUCAUUCUGACGGACGAGGAGAAACGAACCCUCGUAGCCGAAGGCUACCCAAUCCCAACGCGGCUUCCCCUUACCAAAGCCGAAGAGAAAUCCCUCAAGAAAAUCCGACGGAAGAUCAAGAACAAGAUCUCCGCCCAGGAAAGCCGAAGGAAAAAGAAAGAAUACAUGGACCAGCUGGAGCGCCGCGUCGAAAUUCUGGUCUCGGAAAACCUGGACUACCGGAAACGGGUCGAGUCGCUGGAAGACUGCAAUCAGAAUCUUAUGACCGAACUGGCCAAACUGCGCACCCUGGUCAGCCGACAGCAGCAGAACGUCCGAAAGAUGUAAGCAGCACGUGUGCGCACGCGGCCUUCUUCGAUGGAAGUUCGUUUUUUCGGUUCUCGCUCUCGUUGUUGUUGUUGUUGAUUUGUUCGCGUGCUGUGUUAGAUCAUGCGCCGCAUUCUUGGAUUUCCUAAAAGUGUAACAACAUGUACAAAGUAGUUAAUUUUUUUAUAUUGCUAGGACAACUGGGGGACGCAACUGGGAAGUGAACGAUGUGAGAGCGUUGUUGAGUUUUGUUAGGAACAUUUUUUUAGGAACUUGUUGAGUUUGUUUUAGAUGCAGCAAAAAGUCGAAAAAAAAUUCCGUGCAAUAUACAUGUAUUUGACGAAUGGUGUUACGAAGCCGUGUUUUGGACAUCGAUAUUUAUUCGGGUUUGUGAUCAGCCUUUUUGGUUCAAAUUGCCAACAGGACAACGGAUAUUACAAGAGAUAGAACACUCCCUGGAGGGUGAAACAGAGUGCAUUCCAUUAGGAUUUAGGUUUAGCAGAAACGAAACUUGUUGCAUGAAUGACUAACUAUGAAGAUAAUUUAUGAUUUUUUAGUUUAGGAUGUGCUGUACAUAGAGUAGGUAUUCCGAAGAGAAACGAUUAAUCAAAGCGUGUGCCUUGAAUGACAUUCCCCUGUCCGUAGUUCCAAAACUGACCGAAAGAGUGCUCACGCGUGCAACUUGCGCGUCAAAAGCUCGUGGAUAGCGCAGUUCAGUCUCUCUCCGCACAAUGCAUUCGCGCUCGCCUACUUUGCUCCCUUGGAGAACGGAUGACAACGGUGUGAGAAAGAAAAGCGAGAGAGAAAGCUUCCGUGGACAGUGGGAAAAUAUCGGUUUGAAAAUCGUAAUUUUAGAAACCGUUGGUGUAGAACAACUGCAAGUAUAUUUACUUUGAUGACAAAUAAUAAUGGAUUGGAUGGUGAGGUUCUCGUCUUGUGCAGACUACGGAAAGUGUCCCAUUUUGUCGCAUUUUGCCGUUUUUCUUCCCAUUUUAAUACAAAACUUGACCAAGAAACAGAUGUAGUUAUCUUCCGCAGAUCUAUAAAACGGAAAACAGUCUAUACAAGAUGAGACUUUCAUCAUGGAAUUCUUGCUAUUUUUUACAUAAGAAUAAGCAUUUGAAGUCGUUCUGAAUCAGCGGCUUCUGAAAGUUGAGACUUUGUAACUGAAUUUUCACUGAGAAGUUGUGCUCAUACACUGGAAGAAAUCCGUUCUCUAAUUUCAUCGCUAGUUUGUAAGAUUUUGUUUUUGUUUUGAGACAAAUUGAGGAGAGUUUCCAUCCAAAUGGUUGCAACUGCUCCUUUACAAUGGUUGAUUCGAGUAACAUUUUUCGUUACACCUUUACGCAACAGACAGUUUUUUUUGUGUAGGUUUAAUAUUAGUAUGAAUUGUAUAGGUUACGUUUCUGAGUGAUUGUGUGCUUGUACAUAUACUGACACAGAACUUUAACAAAACAGCAAGACAAAGUGGACUAUCCGGGUAAAAGCCAACCAAUUGACCAAUUGACAGACAGAUUCGUGAGUCCGAUUGGCAGUGGCACAUCAGUUGUAAAUACCGCUAGCGCUAUACCAACACACCUAUAAACACACACGCACACACGUGCAUCCAUUGCUGUGCGUGUGGGCGCGUAUUAGAAAGUAUUCAAAAUUUCCAUUUCCAUUGCGCUUCGAUUCUCCCCCGCGAGGGAGACGGAGUUACGAUAUAGAUAUUUUUCAUGUUGAAAUUCAUUGGCAGUCGCAUUUAAGGCAAAAUUAUGUUUUUGUUUUUAAAAAAUCACGUUUCGGCUCAUUUCAAGUGUCGCUCUCAUAGAUAGAUCACAAAAUUUCGGUUGCAUGUUUCAUACUUGAGUGCGAAAAUGUUUAGGAAAGUGCGAGUACUUACGAUUGAAUCACGAUUGAAUUUAUUGUUAACUUAUUGGAUAAGAAAUAACAGAUUUGAUAAGAGAAAAGUUUUUCAGCUAGGAAAUUGUAAGGCAAACGUUUUUUUAGGUUAGGUUAUUGAAUCACAAAUGUCACAAUGGUGAUUAUUCAGCGAAAAAAGAGAAUAUAUUUUAUAUAAAAGUGUACAUUGUACUUGCUACAAACAACGUAGAUUAACCAAACAUUAGGAAGCAUAGAUACAAGAGAAAAUAGGAAACUAUGACGAGAACUUUGCUAGAUUUACAAAGAUCUUUAUAGAGAUAAUUACGUAUUGUGCAUUACGAGAUACGACACGCAGAGCAGAAUUUGUUCUUAUUAUUUUUACCGCUGAUUGGCGAGAAAACGAAUAGAUCUUACAGUCUGAGGUAACAGCAGGACGUUUUGCGAGACCCUUUCUACACUAUUUAACACCACGGAGGAAGCGAAGGCUCCCUGUAAGAGAGAGAGAUAAAGAAGCUUGACCGGGUGGAAGCAUUAUGCGUGAUUUAAAAAAUCACCUCCGCUACUACUAUUACUAUUAACUGCUUCCGUCGUGGAUGCGACAGGAGAUAUACAUGUGAAAAUUGAAAACUUUUUCUGCCAUUUUAAUUCGUAGGGUUAGUGUUUGAGUUUAGGAACGACGAAAGGAGACUAUUAGUUCGAAGCAGUACUUUUAGAGCUUAAGUUCACUGAAGAAACAGAAUAAAAUACAUUCUAGCAGAUAGGUACUAGCGAUUAAGUUUUUGAGCGCUGUUCUGAUGACUGAAAUAAGCAUACAUUUAUAUAUGUAGUGUAUUUUCUACUCGACAGAGUUGGACUACGCACUUCAACAAUCGCACUCUCAUGUGAAGGUCUGCACUAUAGAAUGUAGUUUGUUGUUAAAAUCAAAACAAAUAAGAUUCGUUGUUUAAAAGUUGUGAAAGCGAGAUACUAUUACGGCGGAAAACACUAGAAGUUUUAUGUCGAAGUUGAAGACGUAGUCCUACGUCAAAAUAGAAACAUAAUCAUACUUCAGAAACAUCAAUUCAAGAUCGCUUCAAUUAGAAGUCAAACAGUUCUCAUUGAUUGCGUUUGAAUCAAGGUUUGGAAAACCCUACAACAAGCUACUUUCUGUAAUGCAUUGACUCUUAUUUGACAAAAAUAAUCUUCCAUACUUUUUUAUUCUAACAUGGCUAAUUAUCGUGCAAUUUAUCGCUCUUCCUUAUUUAAAUUGUUAUUUUUUUUAUUUUGUUCAUGUUUACUUUCAAUAUUUUUGUUUAGAGAAACAAUCUAACGAUAAAGUAUGUUACCUACAUCAUUUUUGAGUUUAGUCGUAAGCUGCUGAUAUCUUAACUAUUUUUAAGGACAAAAUAGCCUCACCAACAGACAUUGACACGGAUUUUCUGCAUGCUUUCAGAAGCACGUUUUACACACUCCUGCUAAUAAGGGUCGACGUCGGCCGAACCACUUUUAAAGAAGAUAUUCCAACUCCUGAUUCCUAAUCAUGGAAAUGAUAUUGCAUGUUCUGUUUUCAACAACAAAUCCAACCAAUCAAGUAACCAACCAUCAUAGGAAAUCAAGCAUUUAUUAAAUGACUGUAAACUGUACAUUAUAACCAUUACAAGCUAAUCCUAAUCCAACAAAAUCAAACAAACUCCUCUGAGUAGUGUCAAAUGAAACCACAGAAAACCACACACCCAGGACACACCAUUCACACACACACAUCCAAACACACAUACACACAAACCACGAGUCAAUCAAAGAAGAUGAAGACAAGAAAAUGCAAAUUUAGGACAAUUAUUACUCCUAUUACUUUGUAAAAGUUACUUAACGAUGAACCGAGAACAAGGAAAAUAAAACCACAUCUUAUAAUUGAA